CCUACCUUCACGAGCACACGGCAGGUAGAGCACCCGGCGCGCGCACACACCCUCGCACAUCACCCCCCCACCCACACACACACACUAUAACACAACGACACACAAACGCACACAUAUACCCACACUCCCCUUCUCAAAGGUGCCCUAAGCGAGCCGUUACAUUGGCCAGGCCCACCAGCCCUGUGCAUGUCCACGCUGAAGAGAGGGACCAUUUGGGACAGCAGCAGACAGAGGGGGAUGAUGAUGAUGGUGCCCGGCCGGUUGCUUUUGGGACUCCUGGUCCUGAAUGUGGUGUCAGCCUCUCCCACAAGACACUCCCGGCAAGGGGAACUAGACAACUAUGACGUGGAUCUAAGCGCGGACCCGGAUAUUGAAUAUUACGAGGAGCUGAUUGAUGAACCUCAGUUCAGCACUGAGGACAACGACCCUGCACCAGGUCCUUCACUGGAGGAGGAGGAAGAAGAAGAACAUGAGUGGGAAAGAGGAAGACAGGAUAAGAAGAAAUUGCCAAUAAAGCCCCACCUUAUCCCAUCAGGCUCUGGGGAGCCAGGGGUUUUGAUGGGACCUGACACCCAGGGAGAGGAGGAGCUUCGUCUGACACCCAUUGACAUCCUUCAUAUCUCUGGAGACUCUUUGGGUUCUGGGGACAACUCUGGAGGUUCCGGAGCUUCAGAGACUUCUGGGGAGAUUCUCAGUUCUGGAGUAUCUGGUUCUGGGGAACCUCUUGGCUCUGGAGGUUCUGGGGACUUCAGUUCUGGAGGUUUUGCAGAUGUUGGUUCUGGAGCCUCUGGGGACAUUGUGUCUGAAAGCUCUGGGGACACUGGUUCUGGACUUCCAGGAGACCUUGCAUCUGGAGACUCUGGGGACUUUGUUUCAGGAGUCUCUGGGGACUUUGUUUCCGGAGUCUCUGGGGACUUUGUGUCCGGGGUCUCUGGAGACUUUGUUUCCGGAGUCUCUGGGGACUUUGUUUCUGGAGUCUCUGGAGACCUUGUUUCCGGAAUCUCUGGGGACUUACCUUCUGGAGUCUCUGGCGACUUUGUUUCUGGAGUCUCUGGAGACUUUGUUUCUGGUAUAUCUGGAGACUUAAUUCCUGGAGUCUCUGGGGACUUCAUUUCUGGAGUCUCUGGGGACCUUGGUUCUGGGCCCUCUGGGGGUUCUGGGUUAGUGGUAACGCUCAUCCCUGACACAGGGGAGGAGAUACCCCUGACUCCCACCAUCAUCCCUGAAGAAGCCGCUGGGGUUUCUGGGGAGUCUGGGAUUCCUGAGGUGUCUGGUCUUCCCGAGGUGUCUGGUUUACCUGAUGUGUCUGGUUUACCUGAGGUGUCUGGCUUACCUGAGGUGUCUGGCUUACCUGAGGUGUCUGGUUUACCUGAGGAGUCUGGGAUUCCCGAGGUGUCUGGUUUAUUACCUGAGGAGUCUGGGAUUCCUGAGGAGUCUGGUUUAUUACCUGAGGAGUCUGGGAUUCCUGAGGAGUCUGAGACUCCUGAGGAACCUGAGGAGCCAGUGGUAACAAUAAUCCCUGACAUAGAAAAAGAGGAGGAGCUGCUUCCCACCACCCAGACCACCCCCCAGGAGGGGACUGGGGAAACAAUAGAGUCAGGGGAGUCUGGGCUACCUGACCUUGACAUUAAAACUGAAAUUGACACACAAGGUAUGCCCACCUGUCUGCUCUGUACCUGCCUGGGAGGAUCUGUGUACUGCGACGAUGUGAAGCUGUUGCACGUGCCUCCUCUCCCCAAAGAUACCACUCACUUCUACGCCCGCUACAACAAGAUCGCCAAGAUCAACAAAUCCGACUUUGCCAACAUGAACAAGCUAAAGAGGAUCGAUCUGACCAACAACGCCAUCACCAAGAUCGAUGAUGGUGCGCUCUUUGGUCUGCCUGCUUUGGAAGAGCUGAUCAUUAGGGAAAACAAGGUGGCACAACUCCCGGCUCUGCCACCCACCAUGACCCUCGUGGACGCCAGUCACAACAAACUGGGCAGCACUGGCAUCCAGAAUGAGGCCUUCAAGGACAUGACUGGGCUGCUUUACCUCUACUUGACUGACAACAACAUUGGCCACAUCCCUCUUCCUCUGCCGGACAGCCUGCGCUCUCUGCACCUACAGAACAACAACAUCCAGAUGAUACAUGAGGACACUUUCUGCCAUCUGAAUGACUUGAACUACAUUCGGAGAGCGCUGGAGGACGUCCGCCUGGACGGCAACCCCAUCAACCUCAGCAGAACCCCGCAGGCUUACGUGUGUUUGCCGCGUAUUCCAGUCGGUGCCCUAAUUUAAGCGCACGCACACACACACACACACACACACACACACACACACACACACACACACACACACACACACACACACACACACACACACACACACACAGAGAGAGAUACACACCAAAACCUCUGUGAGAGUUUCCAACGAUUUGUUUUUUUUACUUUGGGCUGGAGUAAACACUUGCAUAUGAAUGGCUGUCUUAUACUGGAGGUUCUCACACACUUCCACUCAUCAGCUGCUCGUUCCUCUCAACACCAUUUUUUCAGUUCCUUUCGUUUUGUUUUGUUUUGGUCUCCCACAUGUACAAAUAUGUGCAAUAAACCUCUGGAUCUCUGGAGUCCGUCACUAAAACUCCUACUAACUCGUUACAAUCUGGACUAAAUCAAAGAAGGCAGUGGCGCUUUCUUGCUCAAACUCACGGAGACGAUUAAAAGAAACAUUUCUUGCACAGAAGAUUGAGCCUCCCAUCACACAAGUGAGCGCAAGCUGUUCCACUUGUUUCACUGGCCAUGGCAAAUAAAUGAAAUAAGUAAUGAAAUAAACAUGACUAAUUAUGUUUGUUUUGUAAAGAAAAAGAAAAAUGAUAUAUUGUUAAUAUUCAUAAUAUUCAUGUAAUUCUAACACUUUUUUUUUUUUUGGGAAACUCGCAUAGCUUGACGAUAGUUGAAGCUGGUGCUCGAUGAAUUUGGAAGGUAAAAUUGAUUAAUGCAAUAAAAGAAGCAUUAUAACACAAACACUUUGUUGUAAAGUCUGCAUUGUAAUAUAAAAAAUAUAUAUAUUCUGAAAACUUUUGUAUGUGAACUGCAGUAUUUGGUAUAGAACGAUUCAAAAUGUUUGUCUGACCACAAGGCAACAGCCUUCAAAUGAACAAAACUAUUGUACUGUGUGGGGGGCAAUGGGGACGGUGGGGGGCUAUUAUACUGGCCCGGUAAUGUGUGCUUUGUAUGGAAAUACCACAAUUGAAUAAAGUUGUCUUCAUGACCGCUCCAA